UCUGCAGCAGCCCGCGGGGUGGGCAGCGGCGGGCGAGCAGCCGGCUGGAGGCAUCGGGGCGCGCUGCGGGAGCCCCUGCCCGGCCCGACCGCCCUCCCCGCCGCGGGGGCCUGCAGCCCACCCUCCGGGCCCGAGGGUCGCGCCCCGCGCCCCGUCCCCGCGCCUCACCAUGGCCCUGCUGCUGCUGACCCUCGGACUGGCCGCGCUGCUGCCCGCGGGCGCCGCCAACAAAGCCAACAAGCACAAGCCGUGGAUCGAGGCCGAGUACCAGGGCAUCGUCAUGGAGAACGACAACACCGUUCUGCUGAACCCCCCGCUCUUUGCCCUGGACAAGGACGCCCCCCUACGCUACGCAGGCGAGAUCUGCGGCUUCCGGCUGCACGGGGCCGGGGUCCCCUUUGAGGCCGUGAUCUUGGACAAGGCCACGGGGGAGGGGCUCAUCCGGGCCAAGGAGCCGGUGGACUGCGAGGCCCAGAAGGAGCACACCUUCACCAUCCAGGCCUACGACUGCGGCGAGGGCCCCGACGGCGCCAACACCAAGAAGUCCCACAAGGCCACCGUGCACGUGCGGGUCAACGACGUGAACGAGUUCGCCCCGGUGUUCGUGGAGCGGCUGUACCGCGCGGCCGUGACCGAGGGCAAGCUGUACGACCGCAUCCUGCGCGUGGAGGCCGUGGACGGGGACUGCUCGCCCCAGUACAGCCAGAUCUGCUACUACGAGAUCCUCACGCCCAACACCCCCUUCCUCAUCGACAACGACGGGAACAUCGAGAACACGGAGAAGCUGGAAUACAGCGGCGAGAAGCUGUACAGGUUCACUGUGACCGCCUACGACUGCGGCAAGAAGCGCGCAGCCGAUGACGCGCAGGUGGAGAUCCAGGUGAAGCCCACCUGCAAGCCCAGCUGGCAAGGCUGGAACAAGAGGAUCGAGUAUGCCCCCGGGGCCGGGAGCCUGGCUCUGUUCCCUGGCAUCCGCCUGGAGACCUGUGACGAGCCUCUCUGGAACAUUCAGGCCAGCAUCGAGCUGCAGACCAGCCACGUGGCCAAGGGCUGCGACAGGGACAACUACUCCGAGCGCGCGCUGCGCAAGCUCUGUGGCGCUGCCCCCGGGGAGGUGGACCUGCUGCCCAUGCCCGGCCCCAACGCCAACUGGACGGCCGGGCUGUCGGUGCACUACAGCCAGGACAGCAGCCUCAUCUACUGGUUCAACGGCACCCAGGCCGUGCAGGUGCCCGUGGGCGGCGCCGGGCCCCAUGACAACCUCAGCGACCACUUCACCCUGUCCUUCUGGAUGAAGCACGGCGUCACCCCCGGCAAGGGCAAGAAGGAGGAGGAGACCAUUGUAUGUCACACCGUGCAGAACGAGGACGGCUUCUCCCACUACGCGCUGACCGUCCACGGCUGCAGAAUCUCCUUCCUCUACUGGCCACUGCUGGAGAGCGCCCGCCCCGUCAAGUUCCUCUGGAAGCUGGAACAGGUCUGCGAUGACGAGUGGCACCACUACGCCCUGAACCUGGAGUUCCCCACCGUCACCCUCUACACGGAUGGCAUCUCCUUCGACCCCGCCCUCAUCCACGACAACGGCCUCAUCCAGCCGCCCCGCAGGGAGGCUGCGCUCAUGAUUGGGGCCUGCUGGCUGGAUGAGAAGAACAAAGAGAAGGAGAAGGGAGGAGACAACAGCACCGAAGCCUCUCAAGGAGAGCCCUUGCCGAUCCACCACUACUUCCACGGCUACCUGGCCGGUUUCAGCGUGCGCUCGGGCCGCCUGGAGAGCCGCGAGGUCAUCGAGUGCCUCUAUGCAUGCCGGGAGGGGCUGGACUAUAGGGAUUUCGAGAGUCUGGGCAAAGGCAUGAAGGUCCACGUGAACCCCUCGCAGUCCCUGCUCACCUUGGAGGGGGAUGAUGUGGAGACCUUCAACCAUGCCCUACAGCAUGUCGCUUACAUGAACACUCUGCGCUUUGCCACGCCUGGCGUCAGGCCCCUGCGCCUCACCACAGCCGUCAAGUGUUUCAGCGAAGAGUCCUGUGUCUCCAUCCCCGAGGUGGAGGGCUACGUGGUGGUCCUUCAGCCGGACGCCCCCCAGAUCCUGCUGAGUGGCACGGCACACUUUGCCCGCCCCGCUGCGGACUUUGAGGCACCCGAGGGGGUCCCCUUGUACCCCGAUCUUCAGAUCACGUGCUCCAUUUCUCACCAGGUGGAGGCCAAAAAGGACGAGAGUUGGCAGGGCACAGUGACGGACACCCGCAUGUCAGACGAGAUUGUGCACAACCUGGACGGCUGUGAGAUCUCCCUGGUGGGGGAUGACCUGGACCCCGAGUGGGAGGGUCUUCUCCUGGAUGCCGCAUCCUGGCAGCAGCGGGGGCUGGAGCUUACCAACACCUCGGCUUACCUCACCAUUUCCGGCGUGGAGAGCAUCACGGUGUACGAGGAGAUCCUGCGCCAGGUGCGCUACCGGCUGCGGCCCGGGGCCGCCCUGUACGCGCGGAAGCUGCGUCUGUCCUGCUCGGAGAUGAACGGGCGCUACUCCAGCAACGAGUUCCUGGUGGAGGUCAACGUGCUGCACAGCGUGAACCGCGUCGCGCACCCCAGCCACGUGCUCAACUCCCAGCAGUUCCUGCACCGCGGCCACCAGCCGCCCCCGGAGAUGGCCGGACACAGCCUGGCCAGCUCGCACCGGAACUCCAUGGUCCCCAGCGCGGCCACCCUCAUCAUCGUGGUGUGCGUCGGCUUCCUGGUGCUCAUGGUGGUCCUGGGCCUGGUGCGGAUUCACUCUCUUCACCGCCGUGUGGCGGGUAGCGCCGGGCCCCCGGGGGCUGCCAGCGACCCCAAGGACCCCGACCUUUUCUGGGAUGACUCUGCUCUGACCAUUAUCGUCAACCCCAUGGAGUCCUACCAGGGCCGGCAGGCCUGCGGGGCUCGGGCUGCGGGGUCCCAGCAGGAGGACGAGGACAGCAGUGACUCGGAGGCCGCUGACUCCCCCAGCAGCGACGAGAGACGCAUCAUCGAGACCCCCCCUCACCGUUACUAAACCCGCCCCCCUCACCUCCCCAGC